AUGGCCAAGGUGGUGAGAUUGAUCCUUUCCUGGGCCUUUUUUGGCUCCAUCUCCACUUUUGCAGGCAAGGGUUUCGCCGACAAUCUGGCGGAUCUCUUCGGCUCCUCCUUCACCGCCCCUUCGGCCGAGCUGACCUUCCUCUUGGGCAUCUUGGCUGUCAUUGGACUCCUGGAUGUCUUCACCCCAGCCUCCUCCCUGUGCAACUUCCAUGACUUCUACCUGGUGAUGCCCUUCAUGCAGACAGAUCUGCAAAAGAUCAUGGGCAUGGAGUUCAAUGAGGAGAAGAUUCAGUACCUGGUGUAUCAGAUGCUCAAGGGUCUCAAGUACAUCCACUCAGCUGGGGUCAUCCACAGGGACCUGAAGCCAGGUAACCUCGCUGUGAACGAAGACUGUGAGUUGAAGAUCCUGGAUUUUGGGCUGGCGAGGCAAGCAGAUGCUGAGAUGACUGGCUACGUGGUGACCCGCUGGUACCGGGCCCCUGAGGUGAUCCUCAGUUGGAUGCACUACAACCAGACCGUGGACAUCUGGUCUGUGGGCUGUAUCAUGGCAGAGAUGCUGACAGGGAAAACCCUGUUCAAGGGCAAAGAUUACCUGGACCAGCUGACCCAGAUCCUGAAAGUGACCGGGGUUCCCGGCGCAGAGUUCGUGCAGAAGCUGAAGGACAAGGCGGCGAAAGCCUACAUCCAGUCCCUGCCUCAGAGCCCCAAGAAGGACUUCUCUCAGCUCUUCCCUCGUGCCAGCCCGCCGGCCACAGACCUGCUGGAGAAGAUGCUGGAGCUGGACGUGGACAAGCGCCUGACGGCCUCGCAGGCCCUCACCCACCCCUUCUUUGAGUCCUGCCGGGACCCCGAGGAGGAGACAGAGUGCCUGGAGCCAUUCGCAGACUCCUUUGAGCACGAGAAACUCACAGUGGAUGAAUGGAAGAAACACAUCUACACGGAGAUUGUGAACUUCAGCCCCAUUGCCCGCAAGGACUCCCGGCGACGGAGUGGCUUGAAGCUGCAGUGACCCAGCGAGCCCGGGGGUCACCACCUGCCAGAUACUGCCCCUGGGACCGGUAUUUAUUAGCCACUCCUCAAGUUGGCCUUUCCUGGAAUGUGGCCGCCCACGCUGAGGGCUUUUGUGAAGAGAACAAGACUGCUGGACGUGGAGUUCUGAGCUGUUGGUUGGGAGAGCAGCUCGGGACAUAAAAUGCCUCUUUAGAGAAUCACCUGUGUGUGGGGUCCCUUCCUCCACCACCUGUCAUGGGGCUGAGUCGGGGUCGGGGUCCACAGCAAUGAUGGCGGCUUGGCUGGGGAGCACUGACAUACAGAUUACCACCGACUGGGAGCUGACAACAACGGAAGUGUGUUCUCAGUUCUGAAAGCCAGAAGUCCAGGAUCCAGGUGUCCACAGGACUGCCCUCCCGCUGGAAGUGCUAGAGGAAGACUCCACCUUUGGUCCUUUCUGGUUGCUGGUGGCUUCUAGCAGCCGUUAGCAUCCCUUGGCUCAUAGCUGCAUCCCUCACUCCAAGCCUUGCCUCUGUCUCCACAAGCUGCCUUCCCGGUGCCCUUUCUUCUGAUAAGGACACCAGCCUUUGGGCUGAGGGCCUCCCUGGUCCAGUACCAAGGAGCCCUGCUGGCGUAAAGACUGGGUUGCUAACGGGAGGCUUAAUUAAAAACAGUGGCUUAAAGAUUGGGUUGUUAA